AUGGCAAACUUCUCUGUAGAAUGGCUCUCAAGAAGCUUCCAUGAAGAGGGGGCCCAGGAUGCUUCGCCUCAUUCAAAAGUCCGGAGAGAUAUUGAGGAAUUUAAAAAGGAAUCAUCUCCGACCUCGCUAAACAAUAGCUGCGGUUACACUUCAGGCUCUGAGAGCGAGGUGGGAGAGGACAGCGAAGGGGAGGCCGCCGCGCAGAGAAGGAUGCGGACUAAGUUCUCCUCCCAGCAGAUCGGCAAGUUGGAGAAAAGCUUCAGCAAGAACAAAUACCUGGGAGCUGUACAGAGGAGGACGAUAGCAGAGAGGCUGAACCUGUCAGAAACACAGGUGAAAACAUGGUUCCAAAACCGGAGGAUGAAGCUAAAACGGGAGGUCCAAGAUCUGCGCUCAGAGUUCCUCCCGGUCCCGGCUGCUCUGCUGCCUCCUCUGCUGUUUCAGCACCCCGCGCUCGGUGGACAGCUCCCCGCCGGCAGCGGCCUCUACGCACAGCUCCGGCCGCUCCACAGGGCGAUACUGCCGGCUGCUCUGCACCAGCACCGCUCCCCCCAUCUCAUCAUCCCCCCACUCUACUACUAAACUGUCACCAUCCACAAAAAAAAAAAAAUGUUGUCUAGAAUCUAGAUAUUAAUUGUUCUCUCUAAAAGAGGGGAUUAAAAGUUGUUUA